CACGUGGGUGCUGCGGUCAUCUGGCAAUGUCUACUUCGCGACUUCUCUGUUUUUGCAGAGUUGCUGCAGCCAGCAGAAGGACACUGAGAAACCAUCGACCACGUGGUGUUCUCUCGUUGGCGAGGUACCAGUCAACCAAACAGAGCACUGGAGGAAGGAAAGGCUUCAGACUCGGUCGUGUAGCAGUUUACACUCUCACUACGUCUGGACUGGUUGCUGGAGGAGCUCUAGCCUAUGCUAAUUAUGACCCAGUCUUCAAGAACCAGGUGGACGAGUUUGUACCUGGGUUCUCCCGAUGGGCCGACACCACAGCGGACCUGUUAGUAGAACGUACCGGCUACCCUCGGCCUGUUCCCAGUAGCAGCAGGCGCGAGGAAAGCCGCUGGACUAGUGGAGGGAGUGGUGGUGGGCAAAAUAGACCGUGGGAUACCGGGAAGAGGGCAGAGGGUCGCAAGACUGAUACCAACACCGCAAAUCAAUCUUCAGAACCAAAUCCAGAUCAUACCCACCCCGAUCUUACUAAAAAGGAAACAAGUCAGCGGUCAGUGCGGGAAGAUGAGAAAGAUGUGGAUGUGGAGAAGCUGGGUGGUGGAGAGGUGGAAGUGAAGGGAGAAGAGGUGGGUGGAGUGGAGGAGGUUGUGAGCAGCAGUCAGGGAGAAAGAGGUGCCAAGGAGAAGAUGGAGGUGAAAGGAGAAGAUGACAAGGUAGGAAAGGAAGGGGAGGGAGAAGAGGUAGGGGAAGAGGAGAAGGAAGAGGUUGAGAAAGAGGGUAAGGUUGAGGUGGAGAAAGUGCUGGAGGAGGUGAGAGGCGAAGUGGAGAAGGUGGAAAAGGAGGUGAGGGAGGAGAGAGUGAGGGAGGCACAGGAGGUACAGAUGGCUGACCAGCACCUCAACUGGCUCCGAGACUCAGCACAGGUCAGAAUGAGUCCCAAAACCACUAGACUGUCUAAAUGUCAACAAGUAACGCAACCACUUGACUGUACAAUAGGCGGAGGGGAAACUGGACCAGACAUUGGAGGAGUUUCUGUCCCAGACGGCCAGAGUGGAGGAGGCUCAGAACAGCUUGCUGAAGACUACGCAGGAACAUAGCCGCCUGGUGAGAGACGUCACUAACAGCAGUGUCGAUGAAGGCCUGGACAGUGUCUAUGAAACUGCAGAUGCAGUCCAGAGAGCCGAAGAAGCAGUGCAGGCAUCUCGAGAGGCUCUGAAGACUGCAGUUGAAUGGCACAAGAAUGUGGCUCUGAGCCUGAGCCAGCUGAUGGACCAAGCAGUCGACCUAGGACUCAAGUCAAAGGUUGCAGAGGUUGAGGAGAGGGUGAGGGAGUGUGCGGGGAGACUAGCAGAGGGCUCCACUGCCGUUCAACAGGCUGAGGUUGAGAGAGAACUGUUGCAGGACUACCACAGACAGGCCCAAAAGGACCGAGAGCAACUCCAGAGGGAGCUGGGUGGAGAGGUACCAGAGGGGGACAGCAGACAGGAGGCAGUUCUGGUGAUGCUGGGCAGACGUGUGGAGGUACUGAAGGAGAAGCUGAAGGGACUGGAGAAGGAACACCAACAGAGGCUGACUGCAGCAUUGGACCAGCAGAAGAAGAGUCUGGAUCAGUUGGCCGAGAGGAGACUGGAGUGGAGCCUCCGAGACAAGGAGAGAGAGAUGCAACAGGAGCUCAGCUAUCAGGCGGACAAGAUUCACAGAGAGUACCAGAGUGAACUGAGGGAGCAGCUCAAGAGGCAGACAGACUCACACAAACGUCUUCUCACCGAGGCUCUCGACACUCAGGCAGAGCAGCUAGCGGAGAAGUGGUUGGGGGAGCUGGAGGUUAAGCUGACAGAACAGGAGAAUCACUACCAGAAGCAGCUGACUCUUGCCCUCUCUAGACUCAGGGGGAUCGAGUACGUGGUGAACACCAUCGCAGCAGCAGGUAAUGAGACCAAGAGACAACAAGGCAUGAAGGCAGCUUGCGACAGCCUCCACACGGCACUGAAAUCAGCCAGUGCUAGCGCCGAUCCUGAUGAGCACUUUUCCUUCCAGCAAGAAGUGACCGCACUCCGAGACGCGGCCAGGAACGAUCCGUUUGUCCUGGUGGUCUUGGAUUCACUGCCAUCUGCGGCAGUUUCCCCAGCGCCCAGCGGCGGUGCUGGUAUACAGGGAGAAGGUGGGCUGAGGGAGAGGUUUGUGAAGGUGAAGAGGGUGUGUCGAAGAGUGGCACUGGUCCCAGAGGGAGGCAGAGGCAUGGGUUCCUACGCCCUCUCCUACCUCCAGUCAAUGUUGACUGUCAGCUGGCGGUUUGUGGGGAGGGUGGUGCGAUUGGGAGAGGAAGAGCAGGACCUGGAGAAGCUGGACACGUUUGAGAUUCUGGAGAGAGCCGACGCCUGCAUGCGACGGGGGGACAUGGAUUUGGCCGUGCGAUACGUGAAUCUGCUGCGAGGGGUGCCGCGGAGGGUGGCCCGGGACUGGCUGUGUGAUGCAAGAAACUAUCUCGAAACUCUGCAGGCUGUCCACCUUGUGUCAGAGUAUAUGGCGGCACUCAACAUCACGUCUUCAUCGUCGUCAUCGUCAGCUGCUUCUGCUGGACAAAACUGACUUAUUAUGUGUGUCUGUAUAGUGUGACGUGGUCUCAGCAGCUAGGCAGUGAUGUUAGUGUGUUUAAAUUAAUUUUGUCGUGUACAUAUCAGAAGAUUUAUGACAAUGAAAAGCGUGAGAGUUGAAUGGUGCUUUGUGCCAGAUGGUUGGAUGAAGGCAUGUCAGCUUGUUGGUGAGUCUGGGGUGGAUGCUCUGACUGGUCGCCUCCCCUCUCUUCCUCUUCCCCCCAUCGCUGCAGCUCUGGGCGUGGUCUUGGGCUGGGUACGAGAGCAGCCGCCAUCUCCUGCAGGCUGGGGUGGAGAGGUGUCCAUCGCCUUCUCUGACUCUCUCUUCAGCUGAUCAUACUCGUCAAAGUCAGCCAUCUUCAGAGUGAUUCGGGUUAGCUUUAGGCUCAGCAUGGCCCAUCAAUCACCAAGAAGUCAAUGACGUAGUGCAU